UACAAUGUUUAAUUAUAUAGAUUAUUAUAAUUACUUACAAAAAAAAAUUAAUUAAAAAAUCAUGUAAUAUGUGAACUUUAUAACAAAUAAAAUAAUUCUCAACUACUUUAUUUAUCAAAUCAUUGUAGAACUUCUUUGUAUCUUUUUUUUUUUAGACAAUCUUCUUUGUAUCUUGGUUUCAUCUUUUUUACACCCACCCAAGUAACGGAGGGACUUACUCCACAUUUAUCCAAAAAGAAUAAGAAAAAAAAAAAACCAUCAUCCUCAACUUCUCAAGACCUCAACGCCAUAUUCGUUCUCCAAAACCCGCGAAAUGGUGAAAUUUUUUUGGCUCCAAUAUUUUUCUACUAUGAAUCAGCAGUUACUCCACGAUCCAGUUGUUGAUCUCACUAUACAGCACACUCAUCUUCUUAAUCGGUUAUAUACCUCCUUCGUUUCUACUCAGGUGAGAGUUAAUUAAGAGUAUGGAGUAUCUGUUUCGUAAUCAAUUAGUUGCUUUGCUCUCUACUCACACGGCUUCCUUUGCUUUUAUGAUUGGCAAGUGGGGUUUGAUGCCACCGAAUAAUUUGUUGUUUUCUGAAUUCUAUUUGUAAGUCAUUGUUGCCCCUUUUAUCUCUCAAGUGAAUUUAAUCUUUAUAACUGGUUAAUUUGAUGUUGGAUUUGAUUUUUAGAUGUAAUAUAUUCUAGGUUGUAUUAAUUUUAAUUGUUUGAUUGAAUUACUAGGAACUUUCUAAUUUCUGGUUGUUGUGGUUAUUAUGCUUUUGCUAAGGAGCCGCUAUAUGACUAUAAUUGGUUGAUGAUACAGAUAAUUUUGGUAGUUUUUUUUUUGGUAAAGAUUCUGGAUUUAAAUCUCAAUUAGUUUUAUACAAGAUACUCGUAUAUGAUAUGCCAAAUUACUUUGAGUUGGUAGUGAAAAUGGAGGUGAAAUUAGCUUUACUGGAGAAAUUCUUAAUUGUUGAGUUGUAUGUUUUUCCAUCUGUUGUCUAGAUCUGUCAAGGUGCAUGUUCUUGAUGAAAAUAUGCUGACAAAUUCUCAUUUUACUGUAUGAAGGUUAUCACUAUGCGGCCAAUAAGAUAGCUUCCUUACAAGGCCAACUUGAUAUAAAUAACUCAUCUAUUGUUAACAUUGUAAAUAAAUUGUACACAUUUCUACUUGUUAACAUGGUAAAUUGAAUAAUUUAAAUAAGGCAUCAAUUAAGUAAUCUAUAAUAGUUACUCCCAAUACCGUCUUUACUCUAUUAUUGUCUUGCUUUUAUAGAUUCAAAACCAUCUUAUUACCCAUAAGAAUCAGAAAAAAUUUCAAAAAAAUUCAAAUGAUUCAGGACUAUUUUUGCUGUUUCUGGUGUGUUUUAAGCAGCAUUUAGAGAUUUUGCUACUUUCUAAUCCCCAUUGCAUCUUAGUUUUUUAGUCUGGUGGUUUGGUUUGAACAUGAUACUUUGCUUGUGUUGUUUUUCUCUUUAUAGAUAAUCUUGCUAUAUUCCAGUCUUUACUCUUCAGAUCUUGCGUGUCUUUCCUUAGUAUUGCUUGAUUCAAGUGAUUUUGUCUAUACAUGUAUCAAUGUAAACGUUACAGAUCACAUUUAUCCUACUAAUAUCUGACAUAAGGUAAUUCAAAAUCUCGAUUGCAUAUGCUUGAUUAUAGAGAUUUUGUAAUGUGUUUAUGCUUUAAAUAUGCUUGAUUUUGAGAUAUAAAAUACCAUUAAUUGUUGUGUAAAAAGUUUGAGGAUUUCAUAGAGUUUGUGGUGAGAGUGUUUCCAACUUGUGUGAUAAUGUUGUUGGGUAAGAAACAGUAGUGCCUUUUGUUUUUGCAUGCUAUUAAUAUUGAGGUUGGGCCUAAGGAAGAUAUGCAUCUUAUGACUGGUCUUCACACAGUUGCUGAUAUCCAAUGUGCUGUUUGUUGACUAGUACUAGGGUGGUAAACUUGCGUGCUUUGUCACAAAAGUACAAAGAAGGGAAGUUCAUUUUAGAAGUCCAAAAUUGUCAACUACUAGGUUUUCUUUAUUCUUGGACUAGCGUUCAGCUUAAAAAUUAGAUAUACUUGCUAAGAAAAUGUGUGCUUGAACAUUAGAUAAUCUAAGAAAAACCAAAAACAUAAAAAUUUUAAAUUGAUUGCUAGGAUAAGAAAGCAUAUAAUAUAAUCCCUUAUCCAUAGGAACAAUCCAAAACAAAGAAUAUGCUAAAGAGUGAAGAACCUAUAAUCUAAAAAAAAAGGCCAAAAAAAUUUGCAUGACGAAUGAGCAAUAAAAUGACAGGAUAAAAAAAAAUUAUGAGAUUGUUAGAUGUGGCACAAAAUGCACAUAGUACAAGAUUCCUUUCUUUUAGUCUUGUUCACACCAUGAUCUUCAUUAUUGUCAAACUUGGCUUAAUUACCUUGGCCAACCUUCCGUGUUCUGACCUUUUUAGUUGUUUGGACCAGGUAUUGUUCCUAAUAUGCAGCACAUUAUAGUUUUAAUUUAAUUGAUGACUAUUAUUAACCAGAAUAUAUAUAAUUACCGCUUUGUUAUUGCUUUUCAUUUUGUACAAGCUUGCUUUUAUGAUAGCUCAUACAUGGUUAUUUUUCUUCUAUUUCAUUGAUUUAUUUUCACAUUUUAUUAGCUCCAAGUAUGACAAAGAAAAAAACCAGUAAGCUUGGAGCUAUAGGAGGUUCUGGUGAUCAACAUCUUGAAACUCAUGAACCAAGAAUUACAGAAUAUGAGAGGCUUAGAUCGGAAAGGAUUAAAGAAAAUAUGUCAAAAAUGCAAGAAUUAGGUUUGAAGGAUAAGGCCAUGUCACUGAUGGCGAUAGUACAAAAUAGUGGAGGCAAUUGUAGUAAGCAUAAAAUGCAUAACGUUUGUGCUGAAGAUGGGCUCUAUAGGCCUAACCAAGAUAUUGAUAUGGAGCAUGAGCUUGAUUCCUCUGAUGAAGAGUUAUUUAUUCCACAUUCUAAAAGUAAUCUCAAGUCGAGGACUAUUCCAUGGAAGGUUCUGACUCGAAAAGUAGUGACAGUAGCUUUGGCUUUUCGGAAACGUCGGCAGAAAGUUGAUUUGGCUUCUUCACAUGGUGGCUCAUCUACAUCGCAGCAACCUGUUGAAACGCUAGGAUCAGAAGUCGAACACUUAAAUCAGAACAAGAAUGAUAAAGAAAAUGGUGAAAAGGAUAAGCCUAGAAGAGGACCUACUAUGUGAGAAGAAGAACACUUAGGAAUUACUUUGAAUGAGCAUGGACAACCUGUUGGUCAUCAUGAUGACAAAACAUGCAACGAGUUCACUAGCUUUAUAGGAACAAUAGCUCGAAAACCAAAUAUUCUACCAUUCACUGUCAAGAAUUGGCCCAUACUAAGGAAUAAGAAGAAAGAACUCUGGGAUUAUGUCUUGGUGAGUUACUUAGCUUAUUCAAUCAAAUAAAUAUGAUAAAAAUGUUUCACAAUUGCUUAAUUUUUCCUAUUUGGUUAUUGUUACCAUAUUUUGCAUGACGUAGAUGUUAGCUUGAGCACCUAGAGCAUAUAAAGACCUGAAUUAAGCUAGAAAUGAAAUUAUUCUAAUGUCUACAAGCUGUGACUGGUGGCUGCCUGCUACUGUGGGUGGCUUACUGCCUGCUGCAGCUGGUGGAUGUCUGGCUGCUGCAACUGGUGGAUAGUUGCUUGCUGCCAUAUGUUGGCAGGAGGUGGCUGCCUAGCUGUUGCUAUGGCAGGAAGGUGAUGUGCGGCUUUCUACGUGCUAUGAUGAAAAAGGGAAGAAGUAUAGUAGUAAAUGCAUAUUUGCUCAAAGUUAAAAUAUAAAAAAUCAUUAAAUCAUGCUACUACUCAUAAAAUCUUGUAAAGAUUCCAUGUCUGCCAAUCUGAUUUCGUACGUGUUCUAAACCUAUUUGCAUAUACCUUAAUCCCUUAUUAUUAUACCCUUCUGAACAUGCAUGGUUAAGAUCUCUAAACGUUAGAUAUGUUAGGAGAUUAAUCUUAAAGUUAUAGAUUCAUACAAAAUUAGACUAAGAAAAUUUGAACCAGAUUAAGCCAGGCUAAGAAGAUCAUACCACAUGUUUUUAUUUGUGUUUGCCUAUCUGUGCUUGUUUAGAAAGAACAAUGUCUAUGAUAUUAUUUAAUGAUUCAACCACUCAAUAGUAUUAUAAGGGUUAGGGGAAUUUAUCAACUGUAGUGUAGUCUAAUUGUCCUAGUACAUUAACUUCAAUCGAAUUAAGUUUUCUCAGAAGUCAGAACAUUGUGAUAACCUUAAAUCAUCUCUAAAGUUUUAUAUAAAUAAUACUUAAUAAUGUAAUCUUUCUUACUUGAUGAAUGUUUGGUCCAUUAUCAUGUUGAAAUUUUUGUAUACCAUACUUUUUCAUUGUUGCAUAAACAUUAUAUUGUUGCAUUAAUGAUGGAAGUUGAAAAGAAGCAUGAUAAGGAGGUUGAAGCUAUGCAAAAGAAUUACGAGGAUAAAAGACAACAAGAUAGAAGGGAAAUGGCAAAUGGUCUUCGCUCCUUUUCUCAACUUCAGCAACAAAAUCCUCAAAUGUCUUUUGAUCUAGACAUGUUUGGCUCUUUAUUUUUGAUAGUAAAUUCGAGAAGGAUGGUAAUUCGACUAAGAUGCUUCAACUUCAUUCUUUAGCUUCUACAUCUAAGGUUUAAACCGCUUGAUUUCUAUGCUACGCAAAGUAGUAGAGGUAGAUAUCGACAAAGGUUUUCAUUUUUUUUUCUUUUGGUGCAUUUGAGAGAUAAUAUGAAGUUUAGUUGUUUAUCUAACAAACGAAAUCAUCCAAGCCAUUCUAACUUUUAUUUUAUACAAUUUUUUUUUUUUUUUUUUUUUUUUUUUGUAAUUUUCAUUAUGUCAUUAGUUACGCAUUUAUGUUGCUACAUUUGAAAUAUAUUUAUUCCAGGCAUUUUUUUUAUAGGGAUUGAAUAGUAUGGAAAGUGAGCAAAAAGAAGAUGAAGAAGGCAGCAAGUAAGAAGAAGAACGUGAUGUCAUCAAUCAAUUUGAAUUUGCUUUAAGUUGUACAUUGUUAUUUAUCAUUUGGACACAUUUUUUUCUUCAAUUUAUUAGCUAGACUAAAAGUAUGCCCGCAAUAUACUCCAAAUAGGUUGUUGAGAUGUAUUGGUAUUAAAAACAUGUUGAUAUUUUUUUUUUUUAUAUUUUUUUUUUUUAUAUAUUACAAAUUUUACUACUUUGGAAUCA